CUUCCGGAAGCUGUCAGCUGUGAACACCGCAUCAACUGCAAUGAGUUUUGAGUGGCCCUGGCAGUAUAAUUUCCCCCCGUUUUUCACGCUACAGCCCAAUGUUGACACGAGACAGAAGCAGCUGGCGGCCUGGUGUUCCCUGGCUCUGUCGUACUGCCGGCAUCACAAACUCUACACCCUGGACGUCAUGGAGGCUCAGGAGAGCCCCGUGUUCAACAACAAGAAGAUAGAACGAAAACUGUCAAUGGAAGCAAUUCAAGUUGUGUUUGAGGAAUUGAGGAAAAAAGGGAACCUCGAAUGGUUGGACAAAAACAAGUCUCGGUGUUUAGUCAUGUGGAGACGACCGGAGGAAUGGGGCAAGUUAAUAUACCAGUGG